AUGGUGCUGCGGGUCUUCAUCCUGUUGGCACUCUUUGCAGAAGCCUCAGCAAAAUCAUGCAUUCCAAAUAAAGCAGAUGUCAUCCUUGUGUUUUGUUACCCCAAAACCAUCAUUGCUAAAAUCCCCGAGUGCCCCUAUGGAUGGGAAGUACACCAGCUGGCACUCGGGGGUGUGUGUUACAACGGGGUCCAUGAAGGGGGCUACUACCAGUUCGUCAUCCCAGACCUAUCUCCCAAGAACAAGUCCUACUGCGGCACUCAGUCAGAGUACAAGCCCCCCAUCUACCACUUCUACAGCCACAUCGUGUCCAACGACAGCACAGUGGUUGUGAAGAACCAGCCUGUCAAUUACUCCUUCUCCUGCACCUACCAUGCAACCUACCUGGUGAACCAGGCUGCUUUUGACCAGAGAGUGGCCACUGUUCAUGUCAAGAAUGGGAGCAUGGGCACAUUUGAAAGCCAGUUGUCCCUCAACUUCUACACUAACGCCAAGUUUUCCACCAAGAAAGAAGCUCCUUUCAUUCUGGAAACAUCCGAAAUCGGUUCAGACCUGUUCGCAGGAGUAGAAGCCAAAGGGCUAAGCACUCGGUUUAAAGUAGUCCUGAACAGCUGCUGGGCCACCCCCUCGGCUGACUUCAUGUACCCUUUGCAGUGGCAGCUGAUCAACAAGGGCUGCCCCACUGAUGAAACCGUCUUCGUGCAUGAAAACGGCAAAGACCACAGGGCAACUUUCCAAUUCAAUGCCUUCCGGUUCCAGAACAUCCCCAAACUCUCCAAGGUUUGGUUACACUGUGAGACAUUCAUCUGUGACAGCGAGAAGCUCUCCUGCCCAGUGAACUGCGACAAACGGAAGCGGAUGAUGCGUGAGCAGACAGGGGGUGUCCUGGUGGUGGAGCUGUCCUUGCGGAGCAGGGGACUCUCCAGCCUCUGUGACUUCUCAGGUGUUCUUUAUCACCUCGUCCUGAUGCUGGGGAUCUGUGCUGUGCUAUAGGACACACCUGGGCAGCUGCAGCAACUCUCUCCAAGGUUGCCCCAACUACAACACACAUGUUUAUCGUACUGCCAAAAAGAACAAACAGAAGACUUCAUUGCUGAGGAGCCGAGAAUAGCGCUUUGCCAAAUAUGUGUUCCCCAUGAUUUUUGUGUGUGUGUGAAUUUGGUGAUCCGUUCUCGUUAAAGCCACACUUCCUUGCACUCCUUCCUGUGGCCAUUAGACCCUGCCAGUCCCCUCCAUGAGGCUGGGGAGGAGUCAUCUCUCUACUCAAACUCGGGCAGCAUUUGAGCAUUUGAAAGCUGCUUUCAUCAUAAAAGAUCACACACACACACACACACACACACACACACACACACACCACAUGCAGCUUAGCAUCUGGAUACCAUAACCACAAAAAUCAAUGCCAAAUACAGAAUCCACAGGGGUAGCCAACUUUACCCAGCAGGCACUCUAUCGCUGAGACGGUAGAAUUCUGAAGACUAGAAUUGAGCCCCUAGGCGGGAAGUUCCAAUCUUCAAGUGUCAAUGUGGAAAUCCAAGUUAAAUACAAUAUAUUUACUCAAACUUGUGUAAUAGACAAGAAGUAGGUUCUUAAGAGCCUCUAGGACUAAUGUGUUUAUAUUUUAGGGUUUCUUAAAAAGAUAUUAACAUUAGGUAGGUAUUACAGUGCCUUAUCCUUAUAACUGAUUCUAUCUCUGUAAUGAAAAGUAAAUAGGGAAUAGAUUAUGGAAGGAGUAAACUCACAUAGUAACGCGGCAUUGCGUGUAGGAAGUGAAAGGCAGUGGGAAGGCCGCCUGAGUCCAGGUUCUCUGAGAUCUGAGGGCCCAUCCUCCCACACAGCUUGUGAUGCUCUGUGUACUCACACCUCGUUUGCUCGGGGAAGUCUUCCUGUCUGGGAUGCCUUUCAUCUUCACCAGAAACAUUCACGCCCGUGUCUGUUUCCAUCUCGUCCACUUAUGAUUGUGGGGAUGGAACCAAUAAAACCAGAAAUGCCAUGCAAACACAGCCUACGGCAUCACGGGACAGCACACUCCCAUGACGGGUCACACCUGUGAUCUAGAAUUGCCAGUGUCGGUGACUCACAGUAGCCAGCAAACUGCAUAAACCAACCCUGCCAGGGCAUCCGCUCUGCUGAGAUGGGACAGGCCCAAGAUCUACAGUUUUUCUUUGUCACAUACCUACUUCACAUUUGAAAUCACGUGUCAGUUUGUCCCUCUGUGUUUAAUGCCCUUGAGAGGUUUGAGGGCUGCAGUUUGCUGAUUGUUUUACAACUUGCAUAAAUGAACCUAGAAAUUAAACCAGUUACCAAGUCGUGUUUGUUUAGCCAUAGGCUGGGGUACUAUGCUUCUGUGCCAUCUAAACUUGGUAUCUAGCUGGCGCACCAAUCAGGGUGGAAUCUCUUCCUAAUGUAAAGUCGGAGUUCAUUGUGUUCAGAAAAUACAGAAAACCUCAUUGGUUCUGGUCAGAAACUCUUACAUAGCAGACAUAUAACCAAAUUCAUGUCUUUGGAUGUCCGACUAAAACAAUGUUUAAUUUUCUCACCAUGAUCUAUGUGAUCUUGUAUCUCUAUCUGUUGCUGUGGACUAAAUAA